AUGAAUCGCAUCUUUGGCACACGGAAUAAAGCUGCGACGCCAUCACUGGCAGAUGCCAUUACAGCCACAGAUGCACGCGCCGGUGCCAUACAAGUCAAGAUUGCGAAAUGCGACGUUGAACUCGCUGCACACCAGCAAAAGAUUAGUCGCCUUCGUGGUGCUGCGCAAGAGGCUGCCAAACGGCGCGCCUUGGGUGUAUUACGACAAAAGAAGCAGUAUGAACAACAACUCGAUCAACUCAUGCAGCAAUCCUUCAAUAUGGAGCAAGCCAAUUUAACGACGGAGAAUAUGCGGAAUACAAUGACGACCGUGACUGCCAUGACUGCAGCGAAUAAAACGCUCAAGAAGGAGUAUGGCAAGAUCAAUAUUGACAAGAUUGAACGGUUACAGGAUGAGAUGGCGGAUUUGAUCGAGAGUGCGAAUGAGUUGAGUGCCGUGAUGGGGAGAAAUGUGUAUGAUGUGGGUGAGGAGAUUGAUGAGGCGGAUUUGGAGGCAGAGUUGGAGGCACUCGCAGAGGAA